CAGUUCUGACAAAAAGGGGGGGAAAAGAAGGAGUAAAAACAGGAUUGGUUCGACCGUGAAAAUGCGACAGUCGUACCUGCUGCCAGUGAAAGAGCGACAGCCUCGAUUGGAAGAAAGAGCCGCGGGCGCUGCGAUGCUAAUGUUGUCGGGGGCUUUGACUUCUCCCAGCCAUUGCAAGCGAGCUGCUCCGCCUGACAGCCUCGCUCUCCCCAACCGCCUCGUCGCGUCCGGAAGAAGGUGCCUUUUAGCCGGCCAAAAGGACGUCAAACACAAAAGAAGAUGGACGAGACGGAUAUCAUGGACUUGACGCACCAGAAGGCGAGGAAGCGACUGCGGACAAUCACUUCCGCGGACGAGGCGGUGCACGCGCCCCUCAAACGCGUGCCGAUGCGGGCUGCGGAGUGCCGCGAGACGUCGCUCAUGUACGCCGUGCGAGGAGAGCCGCUCCCCGCCGCCUCUCUCAAGCAAAACGACCACUCGGUCACCUCCUCUCCGACCAGCGUCAUGCCGGCGCAGGAUAAUCGCUCCAGCAUGUCCAGGCCAAUGAUCACCCGGUCGCCAGUGUCCCCCCUGAGCAACCAGGGCAUCCCCACGCCGGCACAGCUCACAAAGUCCAACGCCCCCGUGCAUAUCGACGUGGGGGGACACAUGUACACCAGCAGCCUGGCCACCCUCACCAAAUUCCCAGAAUCAAGGAUCGGUCGUCUCUUUGAUGGCACAGAGCCCAUAGUCCUGGACAGCCUGAAGCAGCACUACUUCAUAGACAGGGACGGACACAUGUUCCGCUACAUCCUCAACUUCCUCAGGACGUCCAAGCUGCUCAUCCCGGACGACUUCAAAGACUACAGUCUGCUGUACGAGGAGGCCAGAUACUUCCAGCUGCAACCCAUGCUCUCCGAGCUGGAGCGCUGGCGCCAGGACCAGGAGCUGGGCCGGGUGUCACGUCCCUGCGAGUGCGUGGUGGUGCGCGUGGCGCCCGACCUGGGCGAGAGAAUCACGCUGAGCGGCGACAAGGCGCUGAUAGAGGACGUCUUCCCCGAGAUCGGCGACGUCAUGUGCAACUCGGUCAACGCCAGCUGGAACCAUGACUCCACGCACGUCAUCCGCUUCCCGCUCAACGGCUACUGCCACCUUAACUCUGUCCAGGUUCUGGAGCGCCUGCAGCAGCGAGGCUUCGAGAUUGCCGGCUCUUGCGGCGGAGGCGUGGACUCCUCCCAAUUCAGCGAGUACGUUCUGAGGCGGGAACUGAGGAGGUCGAGUCAGCGAGGGCCCAAUUCUAAUAGGAUAAAGCAAGAGCAGCUGGACUAAAGACCCCCCCUCUCUGUGCUGGACUUUUCCUUGGACUCUUCACUUUUUCUCUUCAUUUUUUAUUUUUUUGGUUUUCUUCUUGUCGAUGUUUUGGUUUUCUUAUAUAAGAACCAUCUUAGAGAAUUAAAUGAAAAAAAAAAAUUGAUGCCAACAUUUUUUAAUAUAGAGAUCGAGGGGACAUUUGUGAUUGUCUUGCCCAUUAACACAAUUGAGAAAGAUUUAUAUAUGUUGUAUCCCUAAAUAAAGUUUGUUUUAAAACUUAGCCUACAUUAGGUUGAAUAUGGUUUGUAACGGUGGAGCAAUGAGUGGCAGGGCAUCAAACAUGUCACCCGUCACUGCGCUUUGUCGCCUCGCUGGCACGGUG